CCAGCAGGGUAGCUGCUGCCGCGGGUUAUUACAGCUGCUGGAGCAGCAGCGGCCCCCCGCCCCCGGGCACCCCUCCCGGGCCCUCGACCUCCGGCCCCGCACCGUGAGUCCGGAGAGGCAGCCUCGGAGUGGAUGAACCGGGAGCCUCCUGAGGCUAGAAGCGGGCCGGGAAGGAGAACAGCGGCAGGAGAGGGGCAGCAGGAUGAAUGUGGGAACAGCGCACAGCGAGGUGAACCCCAACACGCGGGUGAUGAACAGCCGCGGCAUCUGGCUCUCCUACGUGCUGGCCAUUGGGCUUCUCCACGUCGUGCUGCUCAGCAUCCCCUUUGUGAGCGUCCCCGUCGUCUGGACCCUCACCAACCUCAUCCACAACAUGGGCAUGUACAUCUUCCUGCACACGGUGAAAGGGACACCGUUUGAGACCCCGGACCAGGGCAAGGCGAGGUUGCUAACCCACUGGGAGCAGAUGGACUAUGGGGUCCAGUUCACGGCGUCUCGGAAAUUCCUGACCAUCACACCUAUCGUGCUGUACUUCCUCACCAGCUUCUAUACCAAGUACGACCAGAUCCAUUUCAUCCUCAACACCGUGUCCUUGAUGAGCGUGCUCAUCCCCAAGCUGCCCCAGCUCCAUGGAGUCCGGAUUUUUGGAAUCAAUAAGUACUGAGGGUGCAGCCCCUUCCCCUGCCCGGCAUGGCGGGGGUUGGGUAGAAGCCUGUGCUGCGAUGCUGAAGACAGAUGGAGCCUUUGGGCACCUCCAGAGAUGGGGGUUGAGCCUCUGGGCACUAAUUUCCCCCUCACUUCCCCCAGUAGCGGACUUGAAGUAGCUUUUAGUGGGUUGGGGUGGGCCCCCCUGGGGCUCUGACCCUUCUGAAUUUUUUGAUCUUUCCCUUUUGCCUUUUGGUUAGAGACUUGGUGGGGGUGGUCAUGGCAUGGGCUGGGCUCCUGCGCUGAACACAGACCUGUGAGGAUGGGACAGGAGGCCAGGGAAACACCCUGCUCGCUGGCUCAUCCUCAGACUGCUGAAGCACUUUAACCCCUGUGAGGGGAGCAGAGGGGACGGUACAGCUUCUAGACUGUUUCACUUUAAUUCUUAUGUCUUUAGGAUGACACUCAGUUUGCGCUUAUAUAUAAGCAAGUGUGGGACAGUGCCUCAUCCCUCCGUGUAGAGUAUUGUCUAAUCCAAGUCAGACAGCUCCCGUACAACCCAGCUCACGCUGGGUGCUUGUAGGGGUGGGGAGGGUAAGGAGAAGGAUGUGGGGCUGGGUGUGGACGGCCUGGUCCCAGAGGUGAGGGGGCCAAGGCUGCAGCCAUCCUGGCCCUGGUGGAGGUGGGGAGGGGGUUUGGGGCAGGGGUGGGGAUGGUGAAUUGGGACUUAGAAGAGUGGGGCCACAUAGCAGCAGGGGUUGGUGUAAGUGAUGGGGGGAGGGAUGGGACAGACCCAGCCUCAUUCUUUGGAAAGUGGUCAGGGAGAGGGUAGGCUUGGAGGAGUCAUUCACCCACAGCAUGGUGGCGGUAAUAGGAAGGGAAGCUGCUGUGGGUUUGAAGCUCCUGGUUUGGCUUGGUGCAGUUUGGUGGAAGAGGCUCAUGAGUCAUCUUAAGCAUGGAUCCAAUUUGACACCGUCUGCAGUGGUGUGAGGGGCAUGGGGACACUGGGACAGAAAUGAUGAGUGGUGGGGCCCUUCUGCAACCUUUUCCUUGGUAACGUGCAGACUGGCGCCGGGCCGGGGUCUCUUGUGUGGCAUGCACACAUGGGGCUGUCAGGCUUUCCCCAGAUGGGGUUGGUGGGCUGCAAAGUCCUGCAUGGUCCCUGCUCAAGCAGGACAGUGGAAGGAGUGACCUGCAGGCGCUGCCUCCUCAGGCUAAGGAAAUGAGGGGAGGGCAGGAGCCUGGGCUGGAGAGGAGGCGCUUUCUCUCUUCCCUAAUCCGACUGGGUCUGUGCUACUUCCGAGAAAGUGUGGGUGCCAGGGCCCUGAGGGAGCGGGGAAGGUCACUGGCCCUGUUUUCUGCCUCCUGGUCCCCCCAACCCCCACCCCAUGUAUCAUAGGGAACUUUCACCUCAAAAUCUUUCUAAGCAAAGUGUGAAUAGGAUUUUUACUCCCUUUGUACAGUAUUCUGAAAAACACAAAUAAAGGACGAUGUGUUCCUGUUUUGCCUGA